UCUUGUUCUGUUUUUUUUUCUUCCUCUUCUUCUUCUUGGAGUGAUUUCUGCGCUCUGCCGUGGAGCUUCAGAAGACAAACGAGAGGAGAGGAAACAAGCUGCGCAAACGCUUUCCAGCGUUGUUAGUUUUCAAUCCAACGUUUUACGUGAAUUUGUGAAUGAAAGCGGCUGAGGAAGAGGAGGGGGCGCAGGUUAAGUGGACGCUGCUUCCAGUGCACGGAUCGCUUGCUUUUAAUGCGCAAAAAGAAUACGCGUUUUCCCUCACAGAUCGAAGCGCUUUCGUCGGGGAGACUUUUGCGCUGUACUGGGGGGGAGCUGCAAACUUUCUUCAUUUUAAAAAUAAAUAAAAAGCUCAGAUUGCAUUCUUUCCCCCUUCAAACAUUUUGGAGGUGAUGUCAUCGGCCCGUGUCUUGGCUGCUGUUGCGCUGGAGCUCCAGAAUUGAAUCCGGGAAAUCAGGUGCAGGGAGCUGCGAGCGUGUGCCGCUUUCCUUCUGCUUUCAAUUUCUCCCCCUCAUCUGACCUGGACCGCGCCGCCGUCUCUCCGGCGCAGCAGUCAUGACUGAGCACGCUCCGCGGUACCCGGAGUCCAGCUCGCCGCCGCGUCUUCAUCUCUCCAUACCCGUCCAGGUGCUCUGCCUCCCGCAGCGCGUCAUUUCGCCCGUAGCGGACCAGCAGUGACGAGAACUCUCAUGCGUGCGCAUGCACUCGACGGAGUUUUAAUCCUUAUCUGUGCAAAGACAUUUUCAGCAGGUAAAGUUACGCUUGGACUGCUUGAAAAACACUUGGCGCGAACCUUUCGCUGGCUGUCGAAAAGUUUUUACGAGCGGAAACGGCGCAUAGGUGUGGGUCGCGUUUGAACUUCGCUUCACCUGUUCCUCAGACUCCGGAGGAUUCAGCUUCGCCCCGCCUCCUGCCCGUUACUGACCGCGCACCGCAACCAUCCGUGUCGAGUGCCGCGGCGCGCUCACACCCCGCUGACCCCUUUGCCGCCCGUUGACGGUGAAAAGAUGCAAUCCACCGGCCCCAGCGGGAACAUACGCGGACCCUGCAUUCAAACGGAUUAAACAAACUGGAAAGACGUGAAGCUGUGACCCCAAGAGUCGUUUCGCAAGCGCGCAAGGAGCCAUAAGGACGCGGAGGAAGCGAUGUGGGCCUUUCUCUCCACGGUGGCUGUCUUGUAUAUUCAGAUGAUGCUGGUCAUGUGUAAUCCUCUACAGGUGUUUGGAGUGGACGGGGUGAAUUUCAGCGUGCACGUGGAGAAUCAGACUCGUGCACGAGACGCCAUGAGCCGGAGACAUCAUCGCGUGUACCAGCUUUACAGCCGCACCAGUGGGAAACACGUCCAGGUGCUCGGACGCAAAAUCAGUGCACGAGGAGAGGACGGAGACAAAUAUGCCCAGCUCGUAGUGGAGGCAGACACCUUCGGCAGCCAGGUGCGAAUCCGAGGGAAGGAAACCAAUUAUUACCUGUGUAUGAACCGCAGAGGGAAACUCGUAGGCAAGAAGGCCAGCAAUCGUAGUGCAGACUGUGUCUUCAUCGAGAAAGUCCUGGAAAACAACUACACAGCGCUAAUGUCGGCACGCUACACGGGGUGGUACGUGGGCUUCACCAAAAGAGGGCGCCCUCGCCGUGGUCCGCACACGCUUCCCAACCAGCAGGACGUCCACUUCAUGAAGCGUUUCCCACCCGGAGAGCAGCCGGAUUUACCGCCGUUUCGCUUCACCACUGUUAGCAAGAGGAGCAAGAGAGUCCGAGCGGCGCGACCGCGCUAACGCUGAGGCCAAUGUCCCACUGCUAACAUUUACAUGAGGACGAGGAACAAACCAAAAGAGAGUCCCAGUGAAAAUGACACUGCUAAUGCGAAGCAGGACCGUCUUGUCUUAUUUGAACAGUGACAGCAUCACUUUAUAUUCCACUGGGUUGGACCUCUACAACCCUAAUAAUAAAUUCUAGCUAAAUUACACCAGAGCUGUGGUCAAGACAGCUUGCUUCAGACACGGAGAUGACUAACCAAAGCAAACGUCUGGCCCAGUGGAGGAAGCAUUGGGCUGCGCAUACAUUGAGCGGCUCACAAUGAAGACACGAAACAAAACACAAGCACACAGGCCUGUAGACGCCGAUCGUGUGGCAACUUUUCUAAGACAAGACUUGGACGUGAUUCCGCCUAAGGGAGAGGAGUGGAAAUCCCUGAACCUGCGGAAGAAAGAAAUGGACACUGACUGGAAACUAAGACAGAAGGGCUGUUAUAUGGGAGCUCCUGGGAUCAGACCUGCCUUAAACGAUGCCCUCAGACAAAAAUGAAAGUUCGGGCAUCAUUUACUCACUUCAAAUCACUCCAAAGGCAUAUGUUUGUUUUGU